AUGGCCAGCAACAGCUCACCUGAUUACAAAGCACUCUUUCAGCAGCAAAGUGAGUCGCCCAGGCAGUCAGGGGAGGCGCGUAAACAGGCAGAGGAGGCGCGUCAACAGGCAGAGGAGGCGCGUCAACAGGCAGAGGAGGCGCGUCAACAGGCAGAGGAGGCGCGUAAACAGGCAGAGGACCAAGUUAAGCGGACCACCUUCGUGGAACUUUUGCGCCAUUGCCACGACUUAUUAUCGCGACUGCUACAAGUUGGCUCACUCUCCAGCUCGACCACAGGGACAAUACCCCUCCCCAAAGGAAAGUACUGUCCGACGCGACUGGAGCAGUGGGUUGACUGCGCAGCCCAGCAACAAGAUAUCUACGACUCUGUCCGUCGUUACCUCCAACCAGAAGAAAAUCCACCGCGCAUUUUUCCAUCUCGUGAACGGCUGAAGGGGCACCUCAUAAGCUUCCCGCAGCUGAUUACCAGUGAGACCGACAUUCAAUUCUAUGAGCGGAUCGCAGUGGACUCGUAUGUCCGCGCAGUCAUCAUGGAACUAUGCAAAAUACCAGCCGCCCGUGAAGAAUUUGGGCUUGGGGAUGAGGUUUGGUUCGACCGCGUCCCCAAUGUUCCAAGUGGGAACGAAAUGGGUAUGAAUAAUUCAUCGAACACCGCCCAUAGCAGGCCGGACCAGUCAUUCAUCCAUCGAGUUGAUGACAGAGCCGCCACGCUGCUUACCAAAGUCGAAUACGUGCCGCCACGCAAGCUUACUUUGGAGGAUCUCCGCGUGGGGCUCGGUGACAUGGAUCUGUGGGAAAAGAUGGUUCGGGCGAACAAGGUGCUCAAUAACGAUGCCGAUCGAUCGGUCUACAAGGCACAGCGGCUCGUCUGCUCAGCUAUUGUUCAUGAAUACCAUGUCAUGAUUCAAAAGGGACUUGAGUAUUCCUACCUGACCACAGGAAACGCGCUUGUGCUUCUCUGGGUUCCACGUGAAAAGCCGAGCACCUUGCACUACCAUCUCUGUGUGCCCAACCAGGAAGUGGAUGGUCGAGAUGGGGAUCUCCCACAACCAAACACAUCCAUUGCAAGGGUACUCUGUCUUUGCUUGAUGAGCUUUCGUUCGCGGCAGCGUGGUCAAGAGUGGCGAACUUUGUAUUGUUCGGAGCUUCACACUUGGAAGACGAAUUCUGAUCGCACACAUGCAAAUGUUCCCACAGAGAAACUACCACGGAAUCUACCCUCUGAUAUCACGGAUCAUGUCAGCCCGGAAUCAGACCCCACAAGUCCAGAGGAUGAUAAAUCAUCAUCUCCAAUCGAGUCGCCAACUACACCUGCCCGGCGAGUACCAACAAGAUCACAAGGGAACUGCGCGCCAUUAGAUCCCAAAGACCGCAUGGGUUCAGCAGACUCAUCAGGCUCUGAGUCAGAUCCUGCAGCGCCUGCACAAGAUCCCGCAGCAGCAGCGCGAAAGCGAGGCUAUAGUCAGGUUGAACAUUCACCUUCACAGCGAUUGUCUCCCCGAAAUCCGGUAGAACGUCAAUACGAGCUAUCUCGGCGACGCGACGCGCAGUUCUGUACCCAACGUUGUCUACUUGGGCUGCAAAAAGGCGGACCUCUGGAUGAUUCUUGUCCAAAUGUGGAUCUACACCGGCAAGGCGGUAAUGGGACUGAGCAUUCUAUCAGCACCGUGGAGUUGAUCUCGCUUCUCAAGCAACAAAUGGAUGAGGACAUUGACCGCGCCCCGUUCAAGCUCACCUGUUCCCCUCAUGGGUAUACUGUUGUUGGGAAAGGAACGACAAAGAAUCUUUGGACGAAGGCUGUAUCCCACGAGGCCGACAUAUAUCAUAUUCUUCGCAAGGCACAGGGCUCUGCAGUCCCUGUGUUUCUGGGCAAGAUCGAUCUCGUAAAGAUCUACUUUCGCUGUGGCGUAGAGAUUCGCCACCUGCUUGUCAUGGGUUGGGCAGGUGAGAGUACAGCAACACUCGAGCAGACUUCGGACCUUCGCAGGGAGAUCAAAAGGUCGAACAAGGAAAUUCGCGCUUUGGGAGUCCGACACCGAGACCUUCGGCCUAACAAUAUCCUAUGGAACGCUGAAUUAGGGUGGGCUUUGAUUAUUGACUUCCACCGGUCUGAGCUGGAUCGUCGGCGACCCGCAGACAGGUCCAGGCCAUUGAAGAGGUCCCGACAUAAGGCAGAGAUAUCCGAGUCCAAGUGA